AUGGCCAACAGAGCCAAUUCUGGGUGUGAAGUUGGGGUGCGGAUUGCGUUGGGUGCUCUUUUGUUUUGUGCUGCUGCCCUAGGAGAAGUGAAAGCUCCAUCAAUAAAUAUAGGUGCUAUAAUCGCGUUGAACACAACUAAUGGAAAAAUAGCUGAGACUGCUAUUGAAUUGGCGGUUGAAGACGUAAACAGAAACACCAGGAUUCUGAAUGGCACUUUCCUCAACAUUCAUAUCCGAGACUCCAAACAAGAUGCACUCACAGGCGUUUCUGCAGCAUUGGAGCUGAUAAGAAAAGGAUGUGUAAGCAUAGUCGGCCCACAGACAUCCGUGGUGGGUGAGUUCGUUGGGAAUUUGGGCGUUGCAGCGCAUGUUCCAAUUGUGACAUUUGGUGCAACGAAUCCCUCUCUCUCCAUGCAUCGAUACCCUUACUUCAUUCGUGCAGUGCCCAAUGAUAAAAUGCAAAUGAAGGCAAUAGCAAAGCUGAUAGAGGAGUAUAAAUGGACGGAUGUAGCGCUUGUGUAUGUAGAUGACGAUUUGGGCAUAGGGGCAAUCCCGGCCUUAAACGAUGCCUUGCGAGAUGCGAGGGCCAAAAUUGUUUUAAAAGCUGCAGUGCGUCCCCAGGCCAAUGUCUCUUCAAUAAGAAUGCUUCUUCAGGAUGAGUUGAUCGGGCUGAAGUCGCGAGUAUUCAUCGUGCAUAUGGAUGCUGAAUUGGCCCUAUUCCUGUUUUCCGAGGCGUACAAAUUAAGAAUGAUAAGCAGUGAUUAUGUAUGGAUCAUUUCCGACGGAUUUGCCAAUCUACUAGAUUCCGUCGACGCUAAUUCUUUCCUCUCUAUGAAUGGUGUGUUGGGGGUCAAAAGAAAACUCAUACAAACCGACCAGCCAAGGCUGAAUGAAUCUGCUAAAAGAUGGAAGCAGCGGUUUAGAGUCCAGAAUCCUACAAUACCAAACAUGGAAUUAAAUGCCCGCGCAAUUGUUGCAUAUGAUACGGUAUGGGCGCUUGCUUUUGCAAUCGAUCGUCUCCUGCAUAUGAAAUCGUGCAAGGGUGGUUUCUCAGAGAUCUCUAGUAGCACCAAAGUUUUGAAUUUUAAGGUUUUUGACGGUGGAGACCAAUUGCUUAAAGAGAUCCUAGAGACAAACUUUCUCGGCCUGAGCAGCCCUGUUCAAAUAAGUCGUGAAAGCGGAGAACCUUUGGAGUGCUCAUAUGAUAUAAUAAAUGUUGUUGAAAAUAAUUAUAGCCAAGUAUUUUCACCAUUCCUCAAUGUGAAACUAGAUCAUGACAGUCCAGGUGCACAAAACCAGACUAACGAGAUUAGAGGCUUCUGUAUUGAUGUGUUCAAAUCGAUGCUCAAAAGAUUGGAUUAUGAAUUGCCCUUUGAACCGAUACCUUAUGGAACUGGCAGUGUCACUGCAGGCUACUAUGAUGAUCUCGUCUACCAGGUCUAUCUCCAGAACUUCGAUGCGGUUGUGGGAGAUGUAACGGUGCUUGCAAAUCGGAGCAGGUAUGUGGAUUUCACACAACCGUAUACGGAGUCGGGACUGAUAAUUAUCGUAGCAAUUUCAGACAAGCGAUCAAGUGAUUCCUGGGCCUUCCUGCACCCCUUUACUCCAGCCAUGUGGAUAACUACUGUUACAUUUUUCAUUUUCACGGGAGCUGUUGUUUGGUUUUUGGAGCACAGACAAAAUCGGCAAUUUAGAGGGAAACCAGUCUUGACAUUCAUCUGGGGAGAGGAUUGUAAGCUGUCUGGGUAG